CUAUGAUUUAACGCAAUUAGUAGAAUGACUGAGCUUUCAGUUCUGAGUUUAAGCAGUGAUUUGUCCGAUUUGAUACUCCAGAAUGUUUCGCUAGACCGAGAACAUAUUGGGACUGAACUAAAUGAACUGUUCAAAACCAGAUUGAAGAAGAAAAGUUUUGAGAAGUUACUGAAGUUCAAACGGAGGCAGAAGAAAGUGGUCACGGCCAGUGAGAUUGUCUUUGAAUGUGUGAUGCGAUGUGAGAAACCAGAGCGGCAGUUGUUUUCGUCCCUUUUGGUAGAUUAUUUGAGCCAGCUGAAUAAGAUCUCAGGUUUGGACGCGGAUACGAUUCGAUCAUACAUGAUGUUUCUCAGUUGUCUCCAGAACAGCUCAGGAAAAAUGGGAAGAUUUGAUCCGCAACAUUGCCUUGCCCUCUCAAUUGUAUCCAAAUCGGCCAAAUCUGACAUGCAGUUGGAGAGAUUCUUCAGUUAUAGUCGAGGAUGGGAAAGAAAUAUCACAAAAAUUGAAACGCUCGUGGAAUGCAGCAAAUCGAGCAGCUCACUUGAAAGAUUCUUCAUAGAAGCUGACAAGACGAAGCGGUGUGACAUUUACACUAGAACUAGAGCACCUCUGCAGUCGGAGUCUAUGAACCCGGGGAUAGACCUUCAAGAGUUGGAUGAGGGUUUUUGUGGUGACAAAGAUGAUCUUCAAUUAGUUUCUUCUGAUGCUGAUUGUACUUCUGAUGGUUCUCAUUGGGUUAGUCAGUGGCACGGAGUUGACUUCGGAGCCCCCAAACUAAGAUCUACUUGGGAUCAAUUUGGACAGUUGGAACCGACUUCCGAGUUGAGUUUUGCCUCGGACAACUCAUGUUUAUUGAAGUGUCUGGACGGAGUGAGAUUCAGGAGUGUAGACUACGUGUCAGUGCCUGAAGACAUUCUCAUUGUGCACUGUCUGAACGUGCUAGUGGCAGUGCCAUCAUCCACCUUCUUAUUCCACAUAUCAGACAUGGAGUAUUCAGUGAGGAGCAAUGUGAAGGUGUCCACUCUAACCCCAGCCACUCUCCAGGAAGUGCUGAGAGAAUUCGCCACCUGUGGCACCUGCUUCGAGAGACUAUCUUUCUUCUGUCAACACUCAAAAGGUCUCUUCAUUUCUUGUCUUGCUUCCCAAAUACAGAAGCUGCUCAGGAUAAUACAUGGUCUAGUAGUUGAAUUGUUCGAUCGGAGAGGCUCCCUAAAUAUGCUCAAGUUGGACUCGUGUACGAAAAGUAUUCGGCGACUGGCGACCUUUCUAAUGGGCAUUAUAUCGGGCUGCUCUCAAGGUGACCAAGUGCUCUCGUAUCUCUACCAGAAAUGUUUGGAAUCGACUGGCUCGCCGUUUUAUAAAUUGAUGACUCACCUUUUCAAGGCAUGCUCUCAGCCUUAUAUGGACCUUAUUCAGCACUGGAUUUAUCAUGGCUUACCGCAAGACCAUUCAACUAUCGAGGAGUUUUUCAUCACAGGAAAUGUCGAGUUUUUGUCAUGCAGGAAUCGCAGUUUUUGGACGAAGGCCAUAACAUUGAACACUGACGAGAGAAGAUCAAACGUGCCAAUGUUUUUAAGAGGUCACAUUGACGACGUUUUCACAUGUGGAAAGACGAUUAUGAUGAUUAAAGCUUGUCAGCCUUACCACUACAUGGUGUCCAACUAUCUUUCAUCACCCCGAUUGACCGUGACCUUUGACCCGAGUGAGGUUGGGAGUUUAGAACGAGAGGCAGAAAUGUACUGCUCGCAGCUGGACUCACUAGUUGAAGCAGAGACACUAACCAGAGAAGAACAGGAGGCAGAAGAAACGGAAGCCAAACAGAGGAUCCAAGCUGAAUUGAGAAGAGCAGCUACUAAAGAGUUCGAGGACCUCGCCAAACGUCUAUUAGAGCAGUCUGAAUCUACUCGGAUUAGAAGAGCGACUGAGUUGUUGCAACUACGGGAUGAGAUGGAGGCUAGUCUGGCUCGGAAGACAGAACUGGAGCGAGAGGAGAGGGAGAGAGACAGAGAGAGGAUGCGACUGGGAGUCGCGAGGGACGAGGAGGAGUUGCAACGCAUGCAGCAGAUUGAACAGCAGGCUAGAGCAGAACUGAUAGCAUACUACGAAGAGUUGUCGGCGGAAGCUACCAAGCGAGAACAGAGGGCCCUCUGGAGAAUAAAAAGACACCAACUGGAUGAAAAACGACGAGAAUCAUGGGAAUUGAUGAAGCACGAUCCUCUGGAAGGAGUUACCGAUCUACACUCAACUUUUCAAGUACAGGACGAUUGGGCAAAUACGUCAAAGACGGAAAAAGUUUCGACCAAUGACCUGCAAGACGUGAGCUCGAUUGGAAACAAGACUGAAGACAAGUUAGUCACUCUUCAAAAUGAAGACAAGAAUCAAGGAAAAAAUGAUGAAAUUAAACCAGCAAUGAGAGAAGCGAUCGAAAAAGAGAUUGAACAAUUAAGUGAUAACGGUGUCCAGAGCUCAUCCUUUUCUGGAAGACAUACAAGUGAGGAUUCACAAAUAUCUACGGAAAUUUCAUCGCGGAAGCAAAUGACAGGGGAGAGAACUGAAGAACAAAAUAGCCCACAAAAUCAAGAAAGCCAAGCAUUAGACAUAUUGUCAUCCAAAAAUGGGGCUCAAUUGACUCAAGACAAUGAAAGCGAAAUGAAAUCAGACAGUGAUCAAGAAUUAAAUGAAUCCGUACUGGACCCAAAGACACUUUCUGAAGUCACUUCACCGUCUCUUUGGACUCAAAAACAGUCAAAUGUACACGACGCUGAGGAAAAUAGAAAAAAAGUUAUUGGCGUGACAAGUGAUGAAGGAACGUAUAAGCCUUUAAUACGUGUGGGCAUUGCACAAAAUGCGGAUUCGAAAGAUAUGUUGUCGUGGCCUGAAGAUGAACGAAGUGCAUUGACGAAAUCGAUUAAAAAUCAAAUGAAAGCAGAUGAAAAUGCAAUUCCUGAAAAAGUAUUUGAGCUCUCUCUGCUGCCGACGCUAGAAUGGGAACCUUCUCAGUCAUACAUCAAGGAGUACCCGGAGUUAUCUGAUGAACCCCUCUCGGACAUCGCUCAUCGGGUGGUCACCGCACACAUGCAUUCUGAACUGACUUCAGAAGAGAAAGAAAUAGACCAUCUGAAAAUGAUUGUGGGUCUAAACGUGAAUUCUCAUAUUGACCAUGGGAAGAGUAGUGAACAAAUGUUGAUUCCGCUUCCAGUUCUGAUGCAGAGACUCUUAGUGCAGCCCCUUCGCCGACAGUUAUCCCUCGCAAAUAAGUGUGCUCGACGUUUGUUUCUCGAGGACUACAAAUUGAAGCUACACUUCGAGGCACUGAGGAGGUCUCUGCUUCUGGCUGACCCGGAGUUCGCUCACGCCCUGUGUUCAAAGUUGUUCCCACUUGUCGAUUCUUCAUCCGAUAAUUGGUUUCACAAACCAGUGGGGGAGGAUGUAGCUAUCAGUUUGACUCCCUUCCUGCGCUCUGUUAACUUCGCAGUGGAGAGAUGCCUGUGGGACAAGAAGGAUUUGCUGUUUGAGCGUUUGGGGGUUCGUCUGAGGCCAUCCACUGAGUUUUUAGAUCCAUAUCAGGCCGACUGUUUCUCGAUUUUGACACUCUCUUAUUGCGUGGAUUGGCCUGUGAACGUCAUCAUAUCAGACUCGUGUCUCCACAAAUACCUCAAGUUAUUCCACUUCCUCCUUACUCUCCGAAGACUAAGUCACGUGCUCACUUCGCUCUAUUUUCAACUCAAACACACACAGCAGCUCUUCGACAUCACGGGAUCCAAACAGUUCUCGAAGCUGCAGUACUCGAGACACCUAAUGCAGCACCUGGUGAAUGUCAUGUCAGAUUACGUGCAGGACCAGCUGUUGAAUGUGUCCCACUUGGAGUUCGAAAAGAGUUUCGAGAAAGCGAAUAGUGUAGAUGACAUGAGCAAUGCACACGCGGAGUAUUUGAAUAAUAUGCUAUCAAGGGCUCUUCUGACUGGCAAGAGUGCAAAAGUGAUGAAGAUGCUGAUGUCGAUGCUGGCCCAAGUGAUCCAGUUCCAGAGACAACUCACCAACGGAGCCUGGUCUGUCUCGGGACUCACUGGACUAGUGGAGCACUCAAACUUCACCCAAUUGAUGGCCACCUACCACAAGUUCCAUUCACAUCUCAGUUUUACAAUAAAAGUUGUGACUGCAUUGGCCCAAAAUGGAUAUCAGCCUCAUUUGGACCAUUUCCUGCUAAAACUCAAUUUCAACGCAUUCUUCUCAGCCAAAUCAGCUUGAUUUAGCUCAAUCUGUUUCUGAUGUACUUCGCUUAUGUGAUUUUUGUUAUAAUUUGUCAAUUUGUAAUUAUUUUGCAACAAAGUGUAUUAUUUUUGUCAAUUAGAAAGCGAUAAUCUUUGGGUAUUCUGUGUGAACUAAAAAACGGGUAAAUUAAGUCAUAUCAAAGUUGUCAAAAUUUUCAGCUUAAUUCGACAUUAAACUGAAGGUUAUUAAUCAAUAAUUAACUCAAUUACCAUGAACUGGGUCGGCGGCUCAAGAGCCCGCAAUCAAGUAUACAAAAAAUCCUAUCAAUUAAGCCGCCACAGUAUUGCUGACCCACAGUCUAUUUCAAACAGAGAAAAUCCCUAUUCACGAAGUUUCAUCAGACCGAAAUCUCCCAGAGGAAAACAGCCCAAAACGGGAGGCGAUAUUUUUAGCAUGCUACUGGCGGAUAUAUCGAUUGAAAAACAGAAGACCUCAAAGCCGUUCCUAUCGGGGUCAAAGGUUACGCGGAGUCCAGAAGAAAGACGAGAAGUUGCAGUCAAUCGGAAAAGGAAGUCGCAAUCUGCUAAAUCUGACUGGGACUGCGAUGGGCGAAUGGGAAGAGAGAGACGCUGAAGAUGACAUUGCGUUUCAGCUGAAGACUCCAAUAGAAGCAAGUGGUCCGAUUGCUCGCUUGAGAUCAUACCCAGUUUCCGAUCAAUCGUUUAGUUCAGAUGACGGUAGUCCAGGUGGGAACAGAACUGGGAGUCGCGGAAAGAGUGAGUCAUCAGGCAGACUAAUUAAAGCGCAGCAGACCCAUUGUCCGAAGAUAAAUAACCAGUCCAAUAACAGCAGACGUAGUGAAAGUGAUUUCGAAAGCUACUCCCAGAGGAACCGAGAAAAUCUGCAAAAUCGGCUAAAUGAGACAGUCGGUUUGCGCAAUAUAGAUCUUGACGCUGAUUCUAUUUUCGAUCAGACAAGUAGAAAUAUCGCUGACUCAUCCAGUUUCUACUUUCGAGACGAUGCACGGAAACCAAAAUCUGUGCCUUCGAAAUGGGACACAUUAGACUUGGGUUCUGAUUCGAGUCAAGAGAAGUGUAAUUCAAAGAGCAAGAAAGUGCUCCAAGAUUUUGAUCAAGAUUUGAGUUUUAACGCUAGUCCUCGUUUUGAACAAAACAGUCCUCUACUCAAAAAUUCAAAGCACACACCUACUAAGCGAUUUUUCAACGAGGGGCCAAAUUUCAAAGAAGCAAGUCCUCGGCAUACGAAAAAUCCGAAACAAACACCUUACCCUAAAAUAGCUCGGAAAGAACUCGGAAUUAACAAAAAUAGAAAUGACUCAUGUAAUUGUUGUUCAAGAGCCGAAUCUGCCUCGCGAGAAAACGUUUUGCAGUUGACCAAUGAUAUGGUCGACUUUAUAGGAGAAGAGAGAGCUUUUAAUAUUUUGUUUCCAAUUUUAGAAUCGCUGAAGAGAUAAAUAGAUGUUCGUCGGUGAGAAAUGAAUUUACUCCGCUAGAUAAUGCAGUGAACGAAGACACUUAAGUGACAGUGAACGAAGACACUUAUGUAGG